GAGCAACAUGAUCCACCAAUGACGUUGAUCUUUCUACAGCGCGGGCGGAACUUCCGGUUGCUUGUAUAAACCAACUGAGGCCUCCCCAUGCGGUAUUGAUCCGGUGGACUCGGCACGAACAUUCUAAAGGCAAACCCAAACAAUGGCUGAGAACGAUAAUGAUAAUGAGCUGCUUGAUUAUGAAGAUGAUGAUGAGCCUCAAGGAGCCCCUGAGAGCGCAGCCCCAGCAGGCAAGAAGGAGGUGAAGGGUUCCUAUGUGUCCAUCCACAGCUCCGGCUUCAGAGAUUUUCUUCUCAAGCCAGAGCUGCUCCGUGCCAUCAUCGACUGUGGUUUUGAGCAUCCGUCUGAAGUCCAGCAUGAAUGCAUCCCACAAGCCAUCCUCGGCAUGGACAUCCUGUGCCAAGCCAAGUCUGGUAUGGGCAAGACGGCUGUGUUUGUGUUGGCCACACUGCAACAGAUUGAGCCUGUUGAUGGGCAGGUGUCCGUAUUGGUCAUGUGCCACACGCGAGAGCUGGCCUUUCAGAUCAGUAAAGAGUACGAGCGUUUCUCCAAGUACAUGCCCACCGUAAAAGCAGCUGUCUUCUUUGGUGGCAUGGCUAUCAAGAAGGACGAGGAUGUCCUUAAGAAGAAUUGCCCUCACAUCGUGGUCGGAACACCGGGUCGGAUCCUCGCUCUGAUCCGUAACAAGACCCUAAGUCUGAAAAAUGUCAAGCAUUUCGUCCUGGAUGAGUGCGACAAGAUGCUGGAGCAGCUAGACAUGAGACGCGACGUUCAGGACAUCUUUAGGAUCACACCCCACGAGAAGCAGGUCAUGAUGUUCAGUGCAACGCUGAGUAAAGAGAUCCGACCAGUCUGCCGCAAAUUUAUGCAGGAUCCUAUGGAGGUGUUUGUGGACGACGAGACCAAACUUACUCUCCAUGGACUGCAACAGUACUACUGCAAGCUGAAGGACAGCGAGAAAAACCGCAAGCUGUUUGACCUUCUGGAUGUGUUGGAGUUCAAUCAGGUGGUGAUCUUCGUCAAGUCAGUCCAGCGCUGCAUCGCUCUGUCCCAGCUUCUUGUGGAACAAAAUUUCCCUGCUAUCGCCAUCCACAGAGGAAUGGUUCAGGAGGAAAGGCUGUCUCGCUAUCAGCAAUUCAAAGACUUCCAAAGGCGGAUUCUGGUGGCUACUAACCUCUUUGGUCGAGGGAUGGACAUUGAGAGAGUGAAUAUUGUCUUCAACUACGACAUGCCAGAAGAUUCUGACACCUAUUUGCAUAGGGUUGCCCGUGCUGGUAGGUUUGGGACCAAAGGCCUGGCUAUUACCUUCGUGUCAGAUGAGACCGACGCCAAGACUCUGAACGACGUGCAGGACCGUUUCGAGGUCAACGUGGCUGAGCUGCCAGAUGAGAUUGACAUCUCGUCUUACAUCGAGCAGUCCAGAUGAGUCCUCCAGCCAAGCAGAAGUCUCUUCUUGGAUCUUGUUUUCUAUUUGGAAGUACAUGUACUUCACCGUUGAAAGCUCUGCACGUUUGUUCACCAAACUGUUUAUUUUUAUUGUCAAUUUCUGUGGAAAGGGGGGGUUGUGGUUUUAAUUUGUCUUUUACGUUUUUGUUUUCCUGCUUUAAUUAAAACUUUUUAUAAAAUGCCAUUUUAUCAUUGUGGUCCCUCAUGAGAUGGUUGUCUCUAUCCUGUUUAUCGAGCAGAGCUUCAAGGAAACAUACUGGCGUAGAUCAGAGGUUUAAGCUUCUUUUUGUGUCCAAACUAGAUUUGUCUAGACAUUUUUGUACUUUUCCCUCCCUGCUACAAUAAGACAUUACUUUUUAGAUGGUAUGAUCUGUUGUCCAUUAAGUGAUAUUUGAGUAAUUGGCUCAUACGGCAGCUCUUUUUACAAAUUUCUAACUGAAUGCCUUCAAUAAAUGAAGUCGCCAAGUGGA